GCGUCCGACGCGCGUUGCAUUUGUCUGCGGUCCGUCAGUGCGGUGCUGUUCCAUUCAUCGUCGUCGUGCGUACGGGAUAUUUCUUAUUUAUUUAUUUAAUUUUUUUUUUUUCUGUGCAACAUAAACAAUUAAUAUAAACGAUUUACGUUGUAACGCCGUGAACUGUUAUGCGUUUAACGUUGUAGAUCAGCGAUACGACUUUGGUCGCCGUUUUCGGGUUUCCCGUUUUGUCUUUUUUUUUUUUUUUUUCCAUUUUUCUCGCCGAUUGGCCAUCGUGUUGGUUCCGGAAAAAUACGAAGAAAACAACCGUCGGUCGAGCACCUCCGCCCCGCCGUCACGCGUUCCGAUGCGUUUCGGAUAGAACACAACAGCAGUCGGUUGGACGCGCGCCGGCCGACCAGUUCCACGAAAUAUCAGCUCGUGUGCCGAAUGCAAUAUAUUAUAAUGCACAUUUGAACACGCCAUUACUAACAUUGAUAUGACCUGACCCGGGCACGGUCAUCGGGUCGCAAGUCUUAACGAGUGUUGUUAUUUUUUAUCUCCGCUUCCGCGAAAACGGUUUUUUUUUUUGCGAUUUUCUCCCCGUCAAUACAAUAACACACAGGAUGCAGACCCGAGCCGCAAUCUGCGCCCUCGGAUGUCUGCUGGUCGCGGUCAGCGCUUCCGUGGACAGCGGCAGCGGCAGCGGCGGAACUCCCAACAAGGCAGCCGCGACCGCCAUCGAUGACGAAACAGUGAUAACCACCAACGUUGAAUCAGUGGCGGGCACGGUGGCGUAUUUGCCGUGCAACAUGACCCCACCAACACCUAACGAUCGCGUUACGUUGGUUAUUUGGGUUAAACAGGGACAGACCACUCCGAUUUACAGCUACGAUGCCAGGCGCAGCGGAGUCACGGGCAAAACACAGGACGGACAGAAGACCGGGACCGGAGCUCAUUGGUCCGACGAAAAGACGCUGGAGGGCCGUGCGCUGUUUCGCGUGUCCUCGGAUCCGGCCGUGUUGGUGCUGCAGAACAUCGGCGACAGGGACGCGGCCGUUUAUAAAUGCCGCGUGGAUUUUAAGAAGUCGCCCACCCGCAACUCCAAAGUCAACCUGACAGUUAUACUGCCUCCGGACCGACUUAGUGUGCUGAACGAAAAAGGUGACCACAUACCGCAUUACAUACUGGGGCCGUACAAGGAAGGCGUGACGGUCGACAUCACCUGUAUCGCUAGCGGAGGACGUCCACCACCGCGCGUCACCUGGUGGCAAGAGAACGCGUUGAUCGACGAGACUUUCGAGACGCUACCGGACCGGAAGGUGAGGAACGUGUUGCGCCUGGAACGGCUCGAACGUCGUCACCUGAACACCGUAUACACGUGCCAAGCGUCCAACAACCACAUGGUGCCACCCAUAUCCAGUGCCGUCUCUCUAGACAUGAUACUUCGGCCGUUGUCAAUAAAAUUAGUCGGCGAAAACCGUCCGCUGUCCGCCGAGACACCGGUGAACGUCAGUUGCCGGGUCACGGGCGCCAAACCACCGCCAGUGAUCACCUGGUGGAAAGACGCCAUCCAGAUGACCGACGCCAAACAAAUAACUAGCUCAGACGGCAACGUGACUUCAAGUGUGCUGACGUUUACGCCGUCGAUCGAGGACUCGGACAAGACGUUGAGCUGUCGCGCGGAAAGCGGCAAACAGGACACCGUGAACAACAGGCACAACAAACCCGAUCGCCAGCCGCCGUCCGUCGACGUCGACUCUUCUGAAGGAUGGAAGAUAAGCAUAUUCCACGUACCGGUCGUUAACCUGGAGCUCGGCAGCAACAUCAACAGCAGCGCUAUCCAAGAAGGCAUUGACGUGUACUUUGAGUGCAAUAUCAAGUCCAACCCUUGGGUGUACCGAGUCACGUGGAGACAUAACGGAAAACUGUUGAACAACAAUCCAGCCGCGGGCACGAUAGUCAGCAAUCAGAGCUUGGUUUUGCAAAAGGUGUCGCGGAGCCGUGCCGGUAUCUACACGUGCGUCGGCAGCAACCAGGAAGGCGACGGCGAGAGCAACCCCGUGACAUUGGACGUAAAAUUCGCUCCGGUAUGCCGGCCGGGACAAGAGACAGUGCAAGGAGUCGGAAGACGCGAAGCGGCCAAGGUAGUGUGCGAGGUGGAGGCUAACCCGUCGGACGGCGUGCAGUACACGUGGCGUUUCAACAACUCGCGGGAAACGGUGAUCCUAGCCAGAGACCGAUACACGGAGGAAGGGCCGCGAAGCACGGCCGCGUACACGCCACUGACGCCGCUGGACUACGGUACGCUCAUGUGCUGGGCGAGCAACGAGUUCGGCAAACAGAUCGCACCAUGCGUGUACCAAGUGAUCGCGGCCGGUCGCCCGGACAGCCUGGAGAACUGCUCGGUGGUGAACCAGACGUCGGCCUCGCUGGUGGUCAGGUGCCAGCCCGGCUUCGACGGCGGUCUCAGCCAAAGGUUCGUCAUGGAAGUGUACGACCGUCACGGUCAGUCGUUGGCCGGCAACGUGACCGCUGACCGGCCCGCCUUCACCGUCGGUAACCUGCCGUCCGGUCUGGGAUUCGACAUCAGCGUGUACGCGUAUAACAGUCGCGGCCCGUCCGAUCCGGUCCAGCUACACGCCUACACGCUCAAGUCCGCCGAGAAACGUACAGCCGUGACGCCCGCGGGAUUUCGUUUCUCGCCCAUGCUGGCCGUGAUCGCGGUCGGCUGCAUCGCGUCCGUCGUGUCCGUCGCUUGCAUCGUGGCCGUGGCCAUAGCGGUGCAACGGAAGCGCAGCCGUCGCCGCCGCAGCCGCCGCCGCGAACGGUCCAGCGACGAGUCGAAAACGGCCAUCGACGGCGAAACCGGAACCGGCGAUGGGACGGAAGGCGAUGGCGGGGCGACGGACGGUGACGGCACCGGCGCGGAAACGGACGGACGGAACGGUGUCGGCGGCGGCGGUGCGGACCGUCACCAUCAACGCACGGAAGCCGUCGACGACGGGCUGGAGAAGAACCCGGACAUUAUACCGCACGACAACGAUUAUCUAGAUGAAGACGAAAAAGCAUUCGAACGGUUGAACAGUGGCAGAUUGUAUUCAUCGCGAAUCGUCGACGCAGAAGCAUGCAAACAACAAGCCCGUGGACUGAUGCCGCCACCCAACCCGAUGACGCCGCAACAGCAGCUGUACGCGUCGGACGUGAUCGGGUCCCCUUCGGCCGGGAUCGCAUACCCGACCCUGAUGUGCCCGACACCGCCUCCUCCGCCUUCCCAGCUGCUGCUUCACCAGCACUACCAACAGCAGCAGCAGACGCAACACCAGCAGCCCAUGUCUAUAAUGCACCACCGGCACAACGGUGGCGGCCCACAGCAGGUGCAAUACGUGCAAAUCGACCAUCAGCCGCAGUUCUCGCACCCGCACCACCACCACGUCCACUAUCAGCCACCACCGUCGCAGGUCCGAACCAUGACCCUGGGCCGGUACCACAACCACAAGCUCCACCAUCAGCCGCAGGACCGAUCGGCCGAGAUACCACUUUUACUGGCUCAACCGGGGCUGCAACAACUCCACCAUCAGAUGCACCAACGCGAGAGCACGACCGACUUGACAGCAGAGAGAGGCGGCAGCGCCGGAGCCGUGUUCGCCAGCCCGCAGCCCGCGGCACCGUCGCAACAGCAGCAGCAGCAGCAGCAGCAGCAGAUCAUCGCGGCCACGCGGUUUUGACAGACGGACUUCGAAUCGACCCCCGAGGACGAUCUGGUCAUGCUGUAGGUGCGACGGCUACAGCGACCGACAGCCUUCGAGGCAA